AUGCGCUUGCUCGUCCACACGGGUCACUUCGUAGAGGGAGAAGGGCGGUACCGGCUGCAGCCGCCGGUCGGCCGGUUCCUGUUGAAGGACAGGUCAUUCGUCACGUGCAUGAACCAUCCUAAUCUCGUGGAACCCUGGCGCCACAUGAGCGCUUGGUUUCAAACCUGCGAGAACGACGUCGUCGUCGAGCAACUGCCGCUGCCUCCUUUUGCUUUAGCUCACGGUGGCAAGAAGCUCUACGAGGAGGCAUUCGAAGGCUUGAGCUCGCUGGUGGACGUCAACGGGAGCACCGGGACCACGGCUAAGGUCAUCGCCGAGGCCUUCCCAAGGAUUCAUUGCACCGUGUUCGAUGUCCCGCACGUGGUCGCCGCGGCAGAAGAAACCCAUCAUAGUAGUAAUCUGAGCUACGUGGCUGGCGACAUGCUCACUGACGAUAUUCCACAAGCUGAUGCACUGCUCUUCAAGAAAAGUGGUGUUUGUCCUCCUUAA